AGCAACAGCAGCUGUGUUCAAUGAUGACCUCUAAUCAGUGUUUUUGUGUGUCUGCGUGUUGACCCCCAAAGAGCUCCAUUGACACCCAGACCCUCUCCCGGGAGGAGCCCCCCAUGUGCAAGUACAACGAAAGAGAAAGCAGAGUGAAUGUGCGACUCAGACGAGUUCCACUCCACCCACAUCGGAUGUGAGGGCGAGGCGAGAGUUGCGCGGUGUCACUGGGCCACCCACUGCACACACACGACACCACAGGAGUCGGGCCUGCUCCUCAUCAGGUCAGUUUUCCAACUUGCCAAAGUUGGAAAUCCUGCAGACGUCCACCCACUUGUGGCAAACAUGGCUUCCCACGUGAAGUUCAGGAAAGACAAAGUCGGCGUGCUGGACUACGACACACAAAUUAAGGAGGUUCGCUGUCAGCUGGUCGAGCAACUGAAAGUGAUGGACGUGCAGCUGGAGCAGAAGAGCCAACAUCUGCACGACUUUGCCGACUACCUGCGCCGGCGAAGUGAGAUCGAGAGCGAGUACUCGCGAUCCCUGGAAAAACUGGCUGAAAGGUUCACCAACAGGAUCAAGAGGAGGGAGGCGAGCGGUCACUCUGUGGCCCAGAUGUGGUUGGCGCUGCUGUCGCAUACGCGCGAGGAGAGUAAAGACCACAACCAGCUGAGCGACGACUGCGUUGCUUUCCUCAUCCAACCGCUCCACCAUUGCCUGGAGUACACGCACAGACUGUCCAAGAAGAGUAAAGAGAUCUGCGCUCAGCUUCAGGACGGCCUGCUCAAGGCGACGGCGGAACUUCAGACUGCGUGGCGAACGUAUUCCCACUACCAUGCUGACUACCUGUGCGCAGACGGCAAGUUGAAGGAGGCUGAGAAACAGGAAGAAAAGCAGAAGCAAAACGCCAAGAAACUGGAAAGGCUCAUUGAGAAGCGGCAAGGAAAAGUUCAAGAUAUUUACUUAAAGUGCAGCAAGGCCAGAAAUGAUUACCUGCUCAACUUGGCUGCCGCCAACGCUUCCAUGAAGAAGUACUACCUCCAGGACAUCUCCACCCUCAUGGACUGUGCAGACGUGGGCUACCACCUGUCUCUGUGCCAAGCGAUGCAAGGCUACCUGUCCGGUCAGCGUCAGGUCCAGCAGAACUUGACUUUGGGCCUGCACCUUCUCCAGGAAUCUGUGUCCGGCCUGGACAAGGACCGGGAUCGAGAUGCAGUCCUGCAGGACCACCGCGUUGCCUUUUGCUUGCCUCUUCGCUUCCACUACCAGCCUCAUGAUGGAGACCAGGUUUCAGAGAUUACUGCAGAGAGCCAGAUGAGGUGGGAGCUGGAAACCAGAUUCAAACAGAUCCAGAGCAGGUUGAGAGCGGUGGUUCAGGAAACACAGGAGGCGAACAAGAGCAUGUCAGCAGCUCAAUCUUCUUUGCUUGAAACUAUGGCCGACGUGGACUCUGAGCCAAACGGGAGCCAGGAGGACGGCUCGGAGACCCCGCUGACCCGGCCCAGCAUGACCCGCCGAAGAGCUAACCAGCAAGAAAUGGAGAACGUCUACCUCACUAGGGUCAAAGAGUUCCUGGUCAGCACCUCUUUGGAGUCCAAGCUGCAAGCCAAACAUGACUUGCUGAAAGUGGCUGUGGAAAAAGGCCAAGCCUUAAAUAGAAAUCUACCGAGACACAACGGGAACUCUGGAUGUGUUCGAAAAACUCCUUCCAGCGGCAAUUUAUUGCACAACCCCAAACUUUUCAACGGUGACUUGCUGUCCUUCAUGCAGGCGUCAGGCCAGCAGAUUCCAGUUGUGGUGGAAAGUUGCAUCCGCUUCAUCAAUCUCAACGGCCUCCACCACGAAGGCAUUUUCAGGGUGUCGGGUUCUCAGGUGGAAGUCAACAACUUGAGGGAUGCAUUUGAGCAAGGCGGAGACCCUCUGGCUGAGCACAAAUCCGACCUGGAUUCUGUUGCAGGAGUGCUCAAGAUGUAUUUUCGAGAAUUGAAGAAUCCGCUUUUCCCCGCAGACAGUCUCAGUCGGCUGCUGGAGUAUGCAUACAUAAAAAAUGAUGGCGAGAGGGCUGAUCAACUGAAAAGUGUCAUCUCGUCCUUCCCCGAGCCGCUAAUUGUCGUCAUGAGAUACCUCUUCGCUUUUCUCCAUCACGUGUCCCAGUACAGUGAUGAGAAUAUGAUGCAACCGUACAACCUGGCCGUGUGCUUCGGUCCCAGCCUGCUCCGAGGGACUGGGGAUGAGCAGCGGGACGGGCACGACGCCGUCACCUUGCAGCCGCAGAUCAACGCCCUGGUCAAGAGCUUGAUCGUCCAACACGAGAGUGUCUUCCCUGGUCAGAGCGAGUUGCGAGGUCCGGCGUAUGAGAAGUGCAUGUUGCCGGAACAUGAUGACGGUGAUCCCAACUUAGAAGAAGGGGACGCCGAGGCAGACGUCUGCAAAGUUGCAGAUGUGGAAGUGGGACACCCGGUCAAUCGCAGUAACUCGGCCACAGAAGCUCUGCUGAAACCGAGCGAGGCUUCCAAAGCUAACAAGUGCGGACUGUUGGACCACCGGAGGAGUGCGUCUGUACCAUUCGCAGACACCGUCCCCUCAGGUGCUGGAAAGGUCAUCCUCCAGAUUCCCACCGGGCCCCAAGGCCGACCGAGGAGGAUCCACUCUCCUGGUUUUGCCCGUAGAGAACAGAUGCACGUCUCCCCUGAGGAUGUCGUCAAAGUCGACAAGGAGGUGCGUCGCCAGAUGAACUCUGUCUUCAAAGAGCUCAUCUCCAAGCACAAGCUGCAAGAGCCCUCCUGUUCCUUUCCAUACGGCCCGAAAGAGAAGAGAGCGUGAGGGAGGAGAACUGAGGCCGGGAGGGGGGGGGGAUGCUACUGGAAUGAGG